AUGAUACAGAAUUAUGGUGUAUUCUUGGAGAAAGAUGGAGCAGGGUUUAGAGGGCAAGCUAAACUUACUGGAUUUAAAAAUGGGGAUAUAGACCUCUCAAAGUCUUUAUGGACCUACCAGUCCACUGGUGGAGCAACGGCUGAGCAAUGCGGACGCCAAGCGAGCGGCGCUAAAUGCCCGAACGGGCUGUGCUGCAUCCAAUACGGGUGGUGUGGCACCACCAACGAUUACUGCUCGCCACAAUCUGGCUGCCAGAGCAAUUGUAAGGGUAGCUCAACACCAACAAAUCCACCGACCGGCGGUGAAACUGUUGUGAGACCCACAUACCAUUACUACAAUCCACAACAGAACAAUUGGGACUUAAUGGCUGUUAGUGCUUAUUGCUCCACUUGGGAUGCCGAUAAGCCUUACUCAUGGCGCAGCAAAUAUGGCUGGACUGCCUUCUGUGGACCAUCCGGACCUAGGGGCCGUGACUCUUUUGGAAAGUGUUUGAGGCUUAGGAAUACAAGAACUGGGGCAACCAUAACAGCAAGGAUUGUGGAUCAGUGCAGCAAUGGGGGCUUAGAUUUAGACUUUAACACUAUAUUUAAGCCAUUAGACACCGAUGGAAUUGGAUAUCAACAGGGUUCUCUCCAAGUGGGCUACACAUUUGUCAAUUGUGGGGAUUAGUGAUGAUGAUCGAUUCAGCAGUACCAUUCUCGAAGAUAUAAAUCGCUUAGGAUGUAAUUAAUAACAAUAUAUUCCAAAAACAUUCUGCUUAUAUAUAAAUAUAUAUAUAUAUAUAUAAAGCUAAUAUAUGGCUUAGUUAAGCUUAAAGUCAAGAGACUUAAUAAAACUUUUGGGAAGUUUGUUCCAAAGGGUAUAUCCUCAGCACUUGUGAAAUGUUCUUCUUGAGAACAUAAUAAAGUUUGUACCAUGUUGUAUGCUUUUGUUUUUAUCCAAUAUUUACACGAG